AUGUUUGGAUGUCCAGAGACAGAAAGAUUAGAUGAUAUAGCAAAGAUCAACUUAUCAGAAGGAGAAACAUCUUCUCAAAUGGGAAGGAAGAAUUUCUAUGGUCCAACUUCAGGGACAACGUUAAACACGGUAACACCUUGUGCUGCAUGUAAGCUUUUGAGAAGAAGGUGUGCUGAGGAAUGUCCUUUCUCUCCUUAUUUUUCUCCUCAUGAGCCUCAAAAAUUUGCAGCUGUUCACAAAGUGUUUGGUGCUAGCAAUGUCUCAAAGUUGCUAUUGGAAGUACCUGAAGGACAAAGAGCAGAUGCAGCAAAUAGUAUGGUUUAUGAAGCAAAUUUGAGGUUAAGAGAUCCUGUAUAUGGAUGCAUGGGUGCAAUAUCAUCAUUACAACAGCAAGUACAAUCAUUACAAGCAGAACUACAUGCAGUUAGAACUGAGAUACUAAAGUACAAAUAUAGAGAAGCUGCUAGUAAUUUUAUUUCCUCUCAAGUAUCAAUGCCUACAAAUGCAAACUCACACCAAAAUCUUUCUCAAACUCUUGUUCUUCCAACUUUAGCUCCUCCAUCUCCUGCUCUUCCCCCACCACAAAAAGCAUCGGCUUCUCAAUCGAUUAUCCUUUCGUCAUUUUCUUCGUCUUCGGCUUCUUCUGUUUACACUCCAUCCAAAACAACAAUGAGUCAUGGAUCUAUCUCUAGUGAAAAUAUUCCUUACUUUGUUUAG